CACCUACGAAGCUAAGUCGUUCGUGGAAGUUUUUGUCGAACCACGCGUUUCUUGUGUCCACCAGUGAAGUGGUUUUGAUUUUUGCUUCAUCGUUUAAUAUUUUUCGUGAUACGUCGCGAAAUUCUUCAUUUACGUUUUUAAGGUACGCGAUCUUAUGGCGAUAACAGAUGCAACUGGUGAAAAUUACAGGAUGUCGUACAACGCGUCGACAAUGUCACCGUGUUCUCAACCCUACUUGGGUCCGAACCUCGCACAGACGUGUCCUGGUUCACAGUUCCUCACCUUUAUGACCCUGUUGGACACGUUUGUACGUGCAAAGGAAGAAAUUUCUCAACUCUGCGAACGAGUGAGACCGAUCGAUCCACCGGAAUACUAUUACGAUUUCAUCGUGAUCGGAGGAGGAACAGCCGGUUCUGUGGUCGCAUCUAGGCUCAGCGAUAUCGCGGAAUGGAAAGUUUUGCUACUAGAAGCUGGCCCCGACGAACCGCCGGGCGCUGAUAUUCCCAGCAUGGUGGCAAUGUUUCUAGGUAGCGAGAUUGAUUGGCAGUAUCGAACCGUAAACGAAAUGAACGCCUGUCUGUCGACCGGAAGAUCGUGCAGUUGGCCACGGGGUAAGAAUCUCGGUGGUACUUCCGUUCACAACGGCAUGAUGUACACCAGAGGGCACGCGAAGGAUUAUAAUAAUUGGGCAGCUAUGGGCAACGAGGGAUGGUCGUGGGAAGAGGUAUUGCCGUAUUUCAUGUGUUCGGAGAACAACACGGAGAUCAAUCGAGUUGGUCGUAAAUAUCAUUCGACCGACGGUUUACUCAACGUAGAGAGGUUUCCUUGGAGACCGAACAUAGCUAACGACAUUUUGGCAGCGGCUGCUGAAAGAGGCUAUCCGAUCACGGAGGAUCACAAUGGCGAUCAGUUCGUUGGUUUCACGAUUGCCCAAACGAUGAGCAAGAACGGGGUCAGACAGAGCACCGCGACCGCUUUUCUUCGACCGAUUCGUCAGAGAAGAAACCUUCAGAUCGCUCUGAACGCGACCGCUACCAAGAUUCUUGUAGACAAUUUGAAAGCUACAGGAGUUCAAUUCUAUCAAGACGGUGAACUUCGAGUAGCACGAGCUUCCCGCGAAAUAAUUGUUUCCGGCGGUGCGGUUAACUCCCCUCAGCUUCUACUGCUUUCCGGCAUUGGACCAAAGGAACAUUUACAGGCGGUGAACGUGAGCGUGGUCAAAGAUCUGCCAGGCGUCGGAGAGAAUCUACAAAAUCACGUGUCGUAUACGUUAUCCUGGACUAUAAAUCAGCCAAACGAAUUUGAUUUGAACUGGGCCGCGGCUCUGGAGUACGUAUCUUUUCAAAGAGGACCAAUGUCGUCCACGGGUCUAGCUCAAUUAACCGGAAUCCUUCCCUCGAUCUACACGACUCCUGACCAUCCGGAUCUUCAGCUUUUCUUCGGCGGUUAUCAGGCGUCCUGCGCUGCUACCGGAGAAAUAGGGGCUCUCAUGGACGGUGGACGUCGUAGCAUAAGCAUAUCACCGACGAAUGUACAACCACGCAGUAGAGGAACGCUGCGUUUGGCCAGCAACGAUCCUCUCGCGAAGCCCGUAAUCCAAGGAAACUAUUUGACCGAUCCGUUGGACGUGGCCAUCCUCGUGGAGGGAAUUCGGAUAGCCUUGUCCUUCGGCAAUACCACAGCCAUGGCGAAAUAUAAUAUGACGCUUAGUAACGUUCCAUUGGCAGCGUGUUCGCAGUAUCCGUUUCUGAGUAACGAUUAUUGGAGCUGCGCUGUACGCCAAGAGACGGGUCCAGAGAACCAUCAGGCUGGUUCAUGCAAAAUGGGAGUGAGCAGAGAUCGUAUGGCUGUGGUAGAUCCACAGCUUAAAGUUCACGGUAUCAGAGGCUUACGGGUAGCCGACACGUCCAUCAUGCCACAGGUGACAUCCGGUAACACGGCCGCACCGGCGAUAAUGAUCGGCGAGAGGGCAGCGGCGUUCAUCAAAUCGGACUGGGGCGUCAUCCCGACACAAUGUUCCCGUUCCACGAUCGACAACUCGCUGGAUCUAUUGCUAUGGGGGAUCAAAUACAUCGACUGGGACCAGGCUAUCUGGUAGCGUACGAGAUCCUCCAGAAUCGAUCUAGUCCGUGAUACCAGCGGGUUUCUCCUCAACCGAGUUACAGCGCCGAUAUUUCUGGUAACGUUACCAAAGAGACGUUACGCUAAAGGAGGCUAAAGGUUCGCUUUCGUUCGCUCCUGCACACCAGCCUUUCUCUUCGAUCGAGAGCCGAUGGAGAACGUCGAGAAUCAACGAUUCCAGCGAGUUCAACUGUUGAAAAUCCUAUUUUAACUCUUACCUUCUUCGGUGAACCUUUUACUGUUCUGCCUUCCUCUUUCUUCGCGACACGAUAUUCCAGGAUACGACAUCACGAGAAUUUCAUUGAAGAUCAUACGGGUCUAUCGAUAGGCAUUACCUCGAAAUGUCGAAAUGUCGUUUGGAAAUGGAUACGUUUAUAGGAGAUCGCGUUUGUAACAUUGUUUCGUGUAUUGUUUUCCCUGCCUCUAUGGAAACGUAGACAAAUGUCGCGUCGCUUAAAACGUUCGGCCAACCUACCGUUUAAUAGUGUUGAAAGAUUAUGUUUGUUGAAGUUUGUACAUACGUAGUUUAUUUUACCCCUGUUGUCGAUUGUACUGUUUCUCCUAAUUCAGUGCUCGUAUGCUUUCAAACAGUUGUAUUAAACAAUGUUAUUUAAAAAAAAAAAAAAAAUA